UACAAUUUAAUGCGUUAGAAAGAAAUCGAAAAACUGUGACGCACUGAAAGAUGAUCAUGAGAAAAAGAAUACAUUCCUUCAUUUGCUAAAAGUAUUGAGUCUUGUAAUAAUAAACUGUUUUCGGUAAAAUUUAAGUUCUUUUAUUGCAGUUUAAGAAAUUUUAGCCCCUAUUGGAUAUUGUAUAAGAAAAGUAUUCAGUAAUGACAAUGGAGAAAAUCACAGAACUGAAGAAAGACAUUGCUGAGCUCGAAUCGCUAGAAAAACAAGCCACGAGACAAAAAAAUAAAGACAUACUGAGUAUAGAAAUCAGAAAAUUGGUAUCGGAAGUUGUACUUUUGGAAGAAAAACUGAAAACUCAAAGCAAUCCUGUAACCUCUCCAAUCGCCAGUCCCUCUACCGGAACAGUAAAUAAGAGAUAUCAAGUUAAAAUAAAUAAUUAUGCAUGGGAUCAGUCCGAUAAGUAUGUCAAAUUCUAUAUUACUUUAAAGAAUGUACAGAGUGUUCCUGCAGAAAAUGUCAGUUGUGAAUUUACUGCCAAAACCGUUAGUUUAACAGUGACGGAUCUGGAUAAUAAGGACCAUAGUUGGCAAAUUAAAAAUCUGUUGAAAAAUAUUGAUCCAGUGAAGAGCACAUGGAAAGUUAAAACUGAUAUGGUAUUGAUAAAUGCAGCAAAAACAUCAUCAGAUAACUGGUCACAUGUUACAGAAUGGGAGAAAAAGGCUAGUGACAGUAAGGCACCUAAAAUGGACACUGACAAAUUGGAUCCAUCUGAAGGACUAAUGUCAUUGAUGAAAAAUAUGUACGAUUCUGGAGAUGAUGAAAUGAAGCGAACUAUUGCCAAAGCUUGGACAGAAAGCCAGGGGAAAAACCAGGCCGCCAGUUUUAUGUAACACUUUGUUGUAGGAUACUGCUAUAUUAUAUUAUAAUUUUUUAUACCAUAAAAACGUUUCCAAUUCCCAAGUUUCAAUGAUUUUGUUUGUAGAAUGUCUUUCUGUUAUAAAAUCUUCCGCUGAAUGACAUGUGUAAUGACAUGUGUUCUAAGGAUGUAAUAAAAGGUAUAAAAUGUCCAAUAAA